GUCAAGUAGUUGCACCAGACAAUCUUGUCACCAUGGAUCUUGGUGAAGCUGGAGCGGCCCCAGUCAUCCUGGCUGACUGGCUGGAUCGCCUCUUGAUUUACUGGCACGAGAACCGUGUUGUCUUGUCAACCAUUCUCGGGCUAUGCGUUCUCGCUGUCAUUCUGCGGCGCAGGCAUGCCCACCACAUAGCACAGCGCGGCUCUCCAACCUUGGAGAAGGCAGAGUGGCUCACACAGAAUGACAAUGCUCAUGCCCAGGUGGCAAGGGAUGAAAAGAUCCAGACUUCUUCCAGAAGCAGCCCUUCGCUCAUAUCUGGCCAGGCUCGAAAACCUCGAACUGCAGCCGCUGCAACCCGUGUUGUGACUGGCCGCAAGCCGGCGAGUUCGAGAGGGGGUCAGGCGGCGCUGCAGAGACGACGAGAGCCGUCUCGCAUACAGCCACUGAUCUUCUUCUCCUCCUUGACUGGAACUACUGAACGCCUUUCGAAGCAGGUAGCGGCGAACCUCGAGGAAGUCUCGACUUCGCAGCCCUCGAUCCUGAGGCCUCAAGUAUAUGACAUCUCAUAUGUUGAUCUCGACGACUAUUUCAUAUCAGGACCAAAAACGCCUGCGCCGAAUGCAGAUGUCUUGUACUUCUACCUCCUUUUGAUCCCUUCCUACGAUAUCGACACCAUUUUGAACACCUUCCUUGCCCAUUUAGACGAGACACACAAUGACUUUCGUAUCGAUACGGCACCACUGUCCACGUUGGCAGGCUACACGAUAUUUGGUAUCGGUGAUAAAGAAGGCUGGCCCACUGAAGAGAAGGGGUUUUGCUCCCAAGCUGUCGAGGUCGACAAGUGGAUGGCUAAAUUAACUGGCCGGAAGAGAGCAUACCCCUUGGGCCUCGGCGACGUGAAAAACGGUCUCGACAAGUCACUGAAGGAUUGGGUAGGUGGCGUAUGCACUGUUCUCAGGGAGGUUAGCAAGACGGGUGCUCUGGGUGAAGGAAUUCCCGGAAGCGGGGAACCCGUGGAGAGCGGUGACGAGGAUGAGCCAGAGGAAAUGGAUGAUGAGGUUGAAUUCCCCGAUUCUGGUCGCAACAAGAGGCGAAAGCUUGCAAACACCACAGAUCUCGAGGAUGUGGGUGGGAAGACUAAUUCCUAUGCGUCUCCAAUCGCCAUCGACUUUACAACCUACAGCUCUCGGCCGCCAGCACCACCGACCUUGAAGGCAAUGGUUCCUAAAGAAUCCCCGACUCACGCGGCUUUGACAAAACAGGGCUACACUAUCGUUGGCACCCACUCGGGAGUGAAAAUCUGCCGUUGGACCAAAUCCGCCCUUCGAGGGCGCGGAUCCUGCUACAAGAACUCCUUCUAUGGCAUUGCGUCCCAUCUGUGCAUGGAGACGACUCCAUCACUCUCAUGCAGCAACAAAUGUGUCUUUUGCUGGAGACAUGGCACCAACCCGGUGUCGACGACUUGGCGCUGGCAAGUUGACGAUCCCCACUUGAUCUUCGAGGGCGCGAAGGAAGGCCAUUACAAGAAGAUCAAAAUGAUGCGUGGCGUCCCCGGCGUGCGCGCCGAGAGGUUCGAAGAGGCUAUGCGGAUACGACACUGUGCUUUGAGCUUGGUGGGCGAACCCAUCUUCUACCCGCGAAUCAAUGAGUUCGUGGGACUCCUGCAUGGAGAGAAGAUAUCGAGUUUCCUCGUCUGCAAUGCCCAGCAUCCGCAGCAGUUGCGUGAUUUGCGCCGUGUCACACAGCUGUACGUCAGUAUCGACGCGAGCAACAAAGACAGUCUGCGCAAGAUCGACAGGCCUCUACAUCGGGACUUUUGGGAGCGAUUCAAUUCGUGCCUGGACAUUUUACGGGAGAAGCGUUUUGUGCAACGCACAGUGUUCCGCCUUACGCUGGUCAAGGGGUUCAACGUCGAAGACGAAGUAGAAGGGUAUGCCCACCUGGUGGCCAAGGGGCUACCCUGCUUCGUCGAGAUUAAGGGCGUCACAUAUUGCGGCACAAGUUCUUCCGCCGGGGCCGGCCUGACGAUGCAGAACGUCCCCUUUUACGAGGAGGUCGUGGCGUUCGUCGAGGCGCUGGACAAGGCCCUCGCGAAACGUGGGCUCGAGUACGGCAUUGCCGCCGAGCACGCCCACAGCUGCUGCGUGCUGGUCGCGAGUAAGCGCUUCCUCGUCGACGACAAGUGGCACACCCUCAUCGACUACGACAAGUUCUUCGACCUGCUGGAGAGCAGACGGGACUUUGCGCCCGAGGACUACUGCAGGGAGACGCCCCAGUGGGCGCUCUGGGGCAAUGGUGGGUUCGACCCCCGAGACGAGCGGGUGGACCGGAAAGGAAGACCGAAGGAGAAGAAAACCGGCGACGAUGUUGGUGAGGAUAAGCGUGGAUCAAGACCAGGAGAGGACAAAGUCGAGCUGGACUUCUGAAGCGUUGCCCUGAAUACCGCCGGGAGGACUAUUGAUGUGAGAGCAUCAUUAUGAAGAAUGCGUUAUGGCUGCUAUGCUUGAUUGCCCUGACUCUACGUGCUUUCCGGUGUAGCCGAGAGUGAAGAUGCGAGACUCCUCAGGAUCAACUACUGAAGGUGAAAAGCCACGAACAACAUCUACUCGGAGCAGAAUUCCCAAGAAGAAGUGAAGAGAGAGGGCGACGUUGCUCGCUGAGAUGGUUGCUCGAUUCUUUCUACCGUCAAAUCGCGAGGCUCUCUAAACCGUUGACCAUCAUAUCAAACAGACCUACCUACCUACCUUUUACUGCCGCAUCCCUCCAUCUAUUGUCUCGUUUGUACAAUGCCACACAAUCCACCCUGGUCUAGUAUUCAAUGAGAGCCUUGAACUUCGAAAGGACGACUGGUGUUGCU